GGCAGUGUCGAAGUGGGUGAUGAGUUCACUGUGCAAUCGAAUCAUUCGCAAUUUCUCCGGUCAAUUCGUACCCAAUUUGCGCCGAACUAGAGAAUUCCUGAAGAGGAAUUAUCGUGGGGCUGUUUCAAUUGAUACUCUGUACGGGUCGAAUUCCGUUGUUUCGGGCCGGAGGAUCAGUUUCGGAGUCGGAUCGAAGGUAGUCGCUAGGUUUUCCGGGAUGUCAAGCGGCGGCGCCGGCGAGGUGGAGUUUCAGCUAUCUCCUUCGAGUGUUCUCAAGAUUCAGAAAGGAGACAUAACUCGGUGGUCCGUGGAUGGCUCCUCCGAUGCUAUUGUCAAUCCAGCCAAUGAACGGAUGCUUGGAGGUGGUGGUGCAGAUGGAGCCAUCCAUCGAGCUGCCGGUCCAGAAUUACUUGCGGCAUGCUAUAAGGUCCCAGAAGUGAAACCUGGAGUCCGAUGCCCGACAGGAGAAGCUAGGAUUACACCAGGGUUCCAAUUGCCGGCUUCUCAUGUUAUCCAUACCGUAGGACCUAUUUAUAGCAUGGAUGCAAACCCGGAGGCGUCUUUGAGAAAUGCUUACAAAAACAGUUUGGCUGUUGCAAAUGACAGCAACAUCAAGUAUAUUGCAUUUACUGCAAUAUCAUGUGGCGUCUAUGGAUACCCUUUCGACAAAGCUGCCUCUGUGGCCAUCUCCACUGUCAAAGAAUUCGCAGAAGACUUAAAGGAGGUGCACUUUGUUCUCUUCUCGGAUGACAUUUACGAUGUGUGGGUUGGAAAGGCCAACGAGCUGCUACGGGUAUGAUAAACCAUCUGCCAUUUUCAGGUAUAGGUUCCUUAAUACGUUGCUGCUGGGAUGGUAAUAAAUGACAUUGCUGCAAUCUGUUUGUGUCCUAUAUUUGGGAAAAUCCAUUCAUAAAUUUGAAAUAAAAAUGGCACAAAACAGAGGAGUGAUUACGAUUAUUGACAUCUCUUUGUUAUUGACAA